CUGAAGAACUGUAUCUAUCCAUAGAGUAAGCGAAGAAGACGAAGAAGAGGAAGAGAGAAUAUAGAAAUUAAGCUGGCGACUUUUAGUCCGAGGCGAGCAAUGGCUGAGUUACGGCACUCGAGCUCUCUCGGUAGCCGAUCUUCUUCUUCUCCGUUACGUGCCGGAGAUGAGGACUCUUCAUCGCCUCACGUACACGAUCACUCACCUAACGGCGGAGACGACGAAGAUGGUCGACCACGUCAUCCUUCAAGAGAUCGAGACCGUCCGAUCUGGUUUCACUCUUUGUUUCCUUUCUUCGGUGAUGAUCCUAGGGUUUCUCCUCAGAAGAAUAAAAUCUCGCUUCUAUUGAUUUUGAUUCUCGCUAUUGCUAGCUUGAUCUCAGUUUAUGGGAUUAUUAAUCACUUGAAUGCUCCAUAUUUGUGUAAAAAAGAUGGGAUUGUGCUUAACUGUCCUCAUGUAAAAGAGUCUCCUUCUCCAUGGGAGAAUCCUUUAUCUGCAACAACUUCUUGGAAGCCUUGUGCUGAGCGGCGGGUUGGUGGAAUCUCAGAUCUUCCUCCUGAGAACGAAACAAAUGGCUAUGUAUUCAUUCAUGCUGAAGGUGGUUUGAAUCAGCAGCGAAUUGCUAUCUGUAAUGCAGUAGCCGUUGCUAAGAUUAUGAAUGCAACUCUGAUUCUACCAGUACUGAAGCAGGACCAAAUAUGGAAAGACACAACAAAAUUUGAAGACAUUUUUGAUGUAGAUCAUUUCAUUGAUUACUUGAAGGAUGAUGUCCGAAUUGUUCGAGACAUACCUGACUGGUUCACUGACAAAGCAGAGCUAUUCUCCAGCAUAAGAAGAACAGUCAAAAACAUUCCCAAAUAUGCAGCAGCCCAAUUUUAUAUAGACAAUGUUUUACCUCGUAUAAAGGAGAAGAAGAUAAUGGCCUUAAAGCCUUUUGUCGAUCGACUUGGGUACGACAAUGUACCUCAAGAAAUCAACAGAUUGCGAUGCCGUGUAAAUUAUCAUGCUCUCAAAUUUCUCCCAGAGAUAGAGCAGAUGGCUGACUCACUUGUUUCUAGAAUGAGAAAUCGCACUGGCAAUCUGAAUCCGUAUAUGGCUCUUCAUCUUAGAUUCGAGAAAGGAAUGGUUGGUUUAUCGUUCUGUGAUUUCGUGGGGACAAGGGAAGAGAAAGUUAAAAUGGCAGAAUACAGACAAAAGGAAUGGCCUCGGCGUUUCAAGAAUGGUUCCCAUCUCUGGCAGCUCGCCUUGCAGAAACGCAAAGAAGGCCGAUGCCCUCUUGAGCCAGGAGAAGUUGCUGUGAUCCUACGCGCGAUGGGUUAUCCAAAAGAAACACAAAUCUAUGUUGCAUCUGGUCAAGUCUAUGGCGGCCAAAACCGUAUGGCUCCACUAAGAAAUAUGUUCCCAAAUUUGGUAACAAAGGAGGAUCUAGCAGGAAAAGAGGAACUAACAACCUUUAGAAAACACGUAACAAGCCUCGCAGCUCUAGAUUUCUUGGUCUGCUUGAAAUCAGAUGUAUUCGUGAUGACACACGGUGGAAACUUUGCAAAACUCAUCAUUGGAGCGCGUAGAUAUAUGGGUCAUCGGCAAAAAUCAAUCAAACCAGACAAAGGGUUAAUGUCGAAAUCAUUCGGGGAUCCUUACAUGGGAUGGGCAACUUUUGUGGAAGAUGUAGUUGUAACCCAUCAAACACGAACCGGUUUACCCGAAGAAACUUUCCCUAACUAUGAUCUUUGGGAAAAUCCUCUCACUCCAUGCAUGUGUCUCAUCGCUAUGACUGGACCAUCCGUAGAGAAACCCGGGUCGACCCGGUUCAUUGUCUUCUUUAUCAUCCUCCUCAAUCUUUCCUUUUUAAGUUUAUCGAUUGAAGCAAGGUCGAGCCAACAACAUGCUAGCUUUCCUCCAAGAGGAUGGAAUUCGUACGAUUCCUUUUGUUGGACUAUCUCUGAAGCUGAGUUCUUGCAAAGUGCUGAAAUUGUUUCUAAGCGUCUUCUUCCUCAUGGUUAUCAGUAUGUUGUGGUGGAUUAUCUUUGGUAUAGAAAGAAAGUUGAAGGGGCUUAUGUGGAUUCUCUUGGGUUUGAUGUGAUUGAUGAAUGGGGAAGAUUGCAUCCUGAUCCAGCUAGAUGGCCAUCUUCUAGAGGUGGUAAAGGUUUCACUGAAGUGGCAGAGAAAGUUCAUAGAAUGGGUUUGAAGUUUGGGAUUCAUGUUAUGGGAGGGAUAAGCACACAAGCUUAUAACGCUAAUACUCUUGUUAUGGAUAGUGUUAAGGGAGGGGCUUAUGAAGAAUCGGGUAGACAGUGGCGAGCGAAAGAUAUUGGGAUCAAGGAGAAGGCUUGUGUGUGGAUGUCACAUGGAUUCAUGAGUGUGAAUACCAAGCUAGGUGCAGGAAAAGCAUUCUUGAGGUCUCUUUAUCGACAAUAUGCAGAAUGGGGCAUUGAUUUCAUAAAACAUGACUGCGUAUUUGGCACUGACUUCAAUAUAGAGGAGAUAACUUAUGUGUCAGAGGUUCUAAGGGAGCUUGAUCGGCCUGUUUUGUACUCCAUAUCUCCUGGGACCAGUGUGACACCUGCAAUGGCUAAAGAAGUUAGCCAAUUGGUUAACAUGUACAGAAUAACAGGUGAUGAUUGGGAUACAUGGAAAGAUGUGGCGGCACAUUUUGAUAUCUCGAGAGAUUUAUCUGCUUCUAGUAUGAUCGGUGCACGAGGGUUGCAAGGAAAAUCAUGGCCUGAUCUAGAUAUGUUACCUCUUGGAUGGCUUACUGAUCAAGGUUCGAAUUUUGGACCUCAUCGAGUGUGUAAUCUAAAUCUUGAAGAACAGAAGUCACAGAUGACAUUGUGGUCCAUCGCAAAGUCCCCGCUCAUGUUUGGAGGUGAUGUGAGAAAGCUCGAUGACACUACUUAUAAUCUGAUCACAAAUCCUACACUGCUGGAAAUAAACUCUUAUAGCUCUAACAACAAGGAGUUUCCUUACAUCACCGUGACAAGAGUAUCUAGGAAUAAGCACAAAAGCCAUCCUCAUCAUCCAACGGGCAACAACAUUUCAACUAAACAUGCCUUUGGUCUCACUAGCUGCAAAGAACCGAAAGCCAACACUUGGUCCAUUGUAGACAAGAACCGUGGACAAAUCUGUUGGAACCAAUACUCUAGCCAAAAACUAGAGAAACCCUUUUGCUUAUACAACAGAAAAGCUCUUCCAGCGUCCGAUGAGGAGAUAAAGCACAACCAGCUUUACCAAGGUAAGCUUCAUUUGCAAACAAAUGAAAAAGCAGAGUCUUGUUUAGGAGCUUCCUCAAAGCAAAAGCUCACUUCGAAAGAUUAUAGUCGUGGUACUUUAUCACCUUGCAAACUAGAUGCAAACCAGAUGUGGGAGCUCCACAGUAAUGGAACACUAGAAAAUAGUUAUUCCGGUCUUUGUGCCGUGUUAAAUCCAGUGAAAGCAGCCGAAGCUACCUCAAAUGGCGUUCGUUCUUGGAUUGCCACGGGAAGAAGAGGAGAAGUAUACGUUGCGUUUUUCAACUUAAAUCAGGAGAAGACAACGAUAUCAGCCAAGAUAUCAGACAUUGCCAAAGCUCUUCCAAACAAGAAAAAUCUUGAAGGAGCUUCGUGUACAAGCCACGAGCUAUGGAGUGGCAAAAAUUUCGGACCAACAAAAGAUUCGGUAUCGAUUCAAGUCGAACCUCAUGGUCCUGCUCUGUUUGUUCUUCAUUGUAGCCAUGCCUGACUAUAUCAGAUCAACAGGCAUUUCUUUUACCUUCUCCAUACAACGUCUUUUCUCAUCGUAGUUAUGUUUCAUCUUUAGUCUAUGAAAUUAGUCUUGUAUAAUCGAAAAAUACAAAACAACAUAAUAUCGAAUAAAAAAAAUGCAAGAUC